ACCGCCAUAACUUUCACAACAAGAAAUUAAUCCAUCCGUCCGUCUGAACUCUUUUCCGACCAUCAUUCGUGGUAUCUCAACUCGCAAUGGCAACCGAACAAUCAGUAUUAGCACUAAUUAGGGCUUCAAGACCUAAUUUCAAAAACCCUUGUGAUAAAAUCGCUUUUGCGAUUCACUCCGUUUUCCUUGCUGCCGGCUUCAACCUUCACGCCACCGGCCCUCCCGCUUUCGUCGACGACGCCCUUUCCGCUCCUUUUCCAGAUGAAGCAAGUAUUGAUGGAUGGAAUGAAGUUGAAGAUAAUUACGCCUUUGUUUACUCGACUCCCGACAAGGUUUCCAAGAAAGUGCUCGUAAAAUGUCUUGUGAUGAAUGAUCAGUUGUUUGUUGAUGCGUUAGCUGCCGGUUCUUCUGAUCCUGUUCACCUCCAACUCAAGAUUGAUGAUUUUGUUGGAGAAAGCGAUGACACCAAAUACAGUUCCCAGUUUCAGAACUUGGGCAAGCUUGUGGAUUGCGUUAACAAAGACAUUGUAACCAAAUUGACCGCUACUUCUAAGACAAGCACGUCCUGUACCACCACAAGUUCUGAACUGAAAGUAAAAGAUAAUGACAAUCAGCCUAGAAGUGGACCUUUCGGACUUGAAGAUCCUAGUCCCCCUUACCAUCCUUCAGGGGUAAUCAUGCCUCUAGUUUAUCCUAGUAUUGGCAGUGAUGUCUAUCCUCAACCUCCGGCAGGGAUGUACCCUUCAAGGGGUGGUCUUGGUGACGGUGGAAUGCUUGUUGGACCAAAUGAUCCCAGAUUUUUUGGUGGCGGUGUUGGUGGACCGGGUUUUCCAGGAGGACAGCCAGGUGUUCCUCCAGGUGCUCGCUUUGAUCCUUUUGGUCCACCAAAUGUUCCUGGCUUUGAGCCUGAGCGGUUUACCAGGAACCCACGCAGGCCACCUGGUGGAACCCAUCCAGAUCUCGAGCACUUUGGGAGUGGAUCAGAUUUCAUAUGAAAUGCAAGCAACUAAUAGUAUUCUGUUGUCUUUCAUCGCUUUUGAGAUGGUUCGUGUUUCCGUUGUUGGGGCUCUGUUAUACUUGAUGGUGCUUGUAAAUUUUGCUUUUUUUAUUCUGAUCAGUUGUCUGGCUAUUGGUAAAUAUAUAGUUGUAAUAACCUUGCUGUGAUUUUAUGGUAAUAACCUUUCUAGCGACAUUUUUAAGUA